AUCAUGGACCGAGUCAGGAAUCUGCCGAACACAGCAAUUCAUUAGCUCUUAUCAAGUUCCUGCCUCCGGGGAGUGUGGCGAUUCAAAAGCAGCUUUCCACGUCCUCUGUUCCCCGGAGGAGUAAGUGGGUCACUGUGAUAGGAAGCCUGGUAGCUUGGAAUGGAGGAGUGAAGCCAGAGAGGAAGGAGAGAUCAGGGUCCUGGGGGCCAGUUCCUGAGCAAUGUGGAUCAAGGCUGUUGGGGCAGGAAGCCACCCAGAUUAAAGUAAUGUAUCUGCCUCCAGCUAGGGACUGUGGGUAACAAAUUUGGAAACAUACAGGGAGUGGCUGGCCCAGGCUGCACUUCCUGGGAAAUCGUGUCCGAGCUGGCCACUUAAGAGACGGGAAGGACCCGCUUCGUGGUUUGCAGGACCCAGGAUUGUGCCAAUGAGGACCUAAGGCGCCUGCCUGCUGACCACCCCAGCCUGCAGUGACCAUGGCCCUCCGCAAAAGGAACCACCAUGGCCUGGGCUUCCUUUGCUGCUUUGGAGGCAGUGACCUCCCUGAGAUUGACCUCCGGGACAGCCACCCAUUGCAGUAUCUGGAGUUCUCCGGUCCCAUGCCGAACCCAGAGGAGCUCAACAUCCGCUUUGCAGAGCUGGUGGAUGAGUUGGACCUCACAGACAAAAACCGGGAGGCUGUGUUUGCACUACCACCAGAGAAGAAAUGGCAGAUCUACUGCAGCAAGAAGAAGGAGCAGGAGGACCCCAACAAGCUGGCGACCAGCUGGCCAGACUAUUACAUCGACCGUAUCAACUCCAUGGCCGCGAUGCAGAACCUGUAUGAGUUUGAUGAGGAGGAAACGGACACAAGGAACCAAGUUGUGGAAGACCUGAAGACAGCCCUCCGGACACAGCCCAUGAGGUUUGUGACCCGCUUCAUUGAGCUGGAAGGCUUGACCUGUCUGCUGAAUUUCCUCCGGAGCAUGGACCACACCACCUGUGAGAGCCGCAUCCACACGUCUCUGAUUGGCUGCAUCAAGGCCCUGAUGAACAACUCCCAGGGACGGGCACAUGUCCUGGCACAGCCCGAGGCCAUCAGCACCAUCGCACAGAGCCUACGCACAGAGAACAGCAAGACUAAGGUCGCGGUGCUGGAGAUCCUGGGUGCCGUAUGUCUUGUGCCCGGAGGCCACAAGAAGGUUCUGCAGGCCAUGCUACACUACCAGGUGUAUGCAGCUGAGCGCACUCGUUUCCAGACUCUGCUGAAUGAGCUGGAUCGAAGCUUGGGCCGGUACAGGGAUGAGGUCAACCUGAAGACAGCCAUCAUGUCCUUCAUCAACGCUGUCCUCAACGCGGGGGCUGGAGAGGACAAUCUGGAAUUCCGCCUGCAUCUCCGGUAUGAGUUCCUGAUGCUGGGGAUCCAGCCAGUGAUAGACAAACUCCGACAACAUGAGAAUGCCAUCCUGGACAAGCAUUUAGACUUCUUUGAGAUGGUCCGAAAUGAGGAUGACCUGGAGCUAGCCCGGAGGUUUGACAUGGUGCACAUCGACACAAAAAGCGCCUCUCAGAUGUUUGAACUGAUCCACAAGAAGCUGAAGCACACGGAAGCAUACCCCUGCCUGCUCUCUGUGCUGCACCACUGCCUGCAGAUGCCUUACAAGAGGAAUGGUGGAUACUUCCAGCAGUGGCAGCUCCUGGACCGCAUCCUUCAGCAGAUCGUCCUCCAGGAUGAGCGGGGUGUGGACCCUGACCUGGCCCCACUGGAAAACUUCAAUGUCAGGAAUGUCGUCAACAUGCUCAUCAACGAGAAUGAGGUAAAGCAGUGGAGGGACCAAGCGGAGAAGUUCCGGAAAGAACACACGGAGCUCUUGAGCCGGCUAGAGAGAAAAGAGCGGGAAUGUGAGACCAAGACGCUGGAGAAGGACGAGAUGAUGAGGACGCUGAACAAGAUGAAGGACAAACUGGCCCGCGAGUCCCAGGAGCUGCGUCAAGCUAGGGGACAAGUGGCAGAGCUGGUAGCACAACUCAGUGAAAUCUCAACUGGCCCAGUAUCUUCUCCACCUCCCCCUGGAGGUCCACUCACCUUGCCUUCCUCCACAACAACCAAUGAACUGCCUCCACCCCCACCUCCUCUCCCCUUUGCCUGCUGCCCACCCCCACCCCCACCUCCCCUUCCUCCUGGUGGGUCUCCCAUCCCCCCAGGUGCCCCACCCUGCUUCAACUCAGGCCUGCCCCUGCCUCAGGACCCCUUUCCCAGCAACAAUGCCCCACUCAGGAAAAAGUGCAUUCCCCAGCCUUCACACCCACUGAAGUCCUUCAACUGGGUCAAGCUGAAUGAGGAGCGUGUCUCUGGUACUGUGUGGAAUGAGAUUGAUGAUAUGCAGGUGUUUCGGAUUCUGGACCUGGAAGAUUUUGAAAAAAUGUUCUCAGCAUAUCAGAGGCACCAGGGUGGCACGCAGGAGGGUUCCCAGAGAGAGAGAGAAAAUGUGAGAAACCGAGGGACGGCAAGCAGACCUCUGCCAGGCGCGGAGGCGAAUGCUCACAGAACUCAGAUGGCUUCUAGUUCUGUGGUAUCACCUACCAGUCCCAAGAAAGAACUGGGCUCCACGGAGGACAUCUACCUAGCCUCGCGCAAGGUUAAAGAACUGUCAGUCAUCGAUGGCCGGAGGGCUCAGAACUGUAUCAUUCUUCUCUCCAAGUUGAAGCUUUCUAACGAGGAGAUACGACAGGCCAUCUUGAGAAUGGAUGAACAAGAGGAUCUCGCUAAGGACAUGUUGGAGCAGCUCCUCAAGUUCAUCCCUGAGAAGAGCGACAUUGACCUCCUGGAAGAGCACAAGCAUGAGAUUGAGCGGAUGGCACGCGCAGACCGCUUCCUCUAUGAAAUGAGCAGGAUCGACCACUACCAGCAGCGGCUACAGGCCCUCUUCUUUAAGAAGAAGUUCCAGGAACGGCUGGCUGAGGCCAAGCCCAAAGUAGAAGCCAUCUUGCUGGCCUCCCGAGAGCUGACCCUCAGCAAACGCCUGAAGCAAAUGCUGGAGGUGGUCCUAGCCAUUGGUAACUUCAUGAACAAGGGGCAGCGUGGGGAUGCCUAUGGGUUCCGAGUAGCCAGCCUCAACAAGAUCGCUGAUACCAAGUCCAGCAUUGACAGGAACAUCUCUCUGCUCCAUUACCUGAUCAUGAUUCUGGAGAAGCACUUUCCAGACAUCCUGAACAUGCCCUCGGAGCUGCAGCACCUACCAGAAGCUGCCAAAGUCAACCUGGCGGAGCUGGAGAAGGAGGUGGGCACUCUCAGGAAUGGCCUCCGAGCAGUGGAGGUGGAGUUGGAGUAUCAGAGACACCAGGCACGGGACCCCAAUGACAAGUUUGUCCCUGUCAUGAGUGACUUUAUCACGGUGUCUAGCUUCAGCUUCUCAGAGCUGGAAGACCAGCUCAACGAGGCCAGGGAUAAGUUCGCCAAGGCACUGACACACUUUGGGGAGCAGGAGAGUAAGAUGCAGCCGGAUGAAUUCUUCGGCAUCUUCGACACCUUCUUGCAGGCCUUCUUAGAGGCCCGGCAGGACCUGGAGGCCAUGAGGAGGAGGAAGGAAGACGAUGAGCGGAGGGCACGCAUGGAAUCCAUGUUGAAGGAGCAGCGUGAGAAAGAAAGAUGGCAGAGGCAGCGGAAGGUCCUGGCAGGCGGCACCCUGGAGGAGAGUGGCGAGUUCGAUGACCUGGUGUCAGCCUUGCGCUCCGGAGAAGUGUUCGACAAGGACUUGAGCAAGUUCAAGCGCAACCGCAAGCGACCAGGGAGCCAGGCCCCAGAGGUCACCCGCGAGCGGGCGAUAAACAGGCUAAAUUAUUGACUUGGGGAUUGGGUACUGACCACAUAGCAGCAAGCCUGGAGACAGGGAUGAGGGGAAGAGGAAGUUGAUGCAAUGACUUUUUAAGUGAUUCGGAGAGCUGGGUUUGGGAGCCCCGGGCUGGGUCCUGGGGGCUGUGUGCAGCUAGACCGGGUGUCUCCCCGCUUUGACACCGGGCCUUCUCUCAUCUCUCCUUUACACUAUUCAUUCUCAUCCAUCUCUCUUUGUGCCCCUCCCCCUCCUGAGCAUCGUUCUCUAAGACUAGCUUGGGUAUCCCUGGCAGGCCCUGGGCUUUGGUCAAGAAAUCCCAGGCUGGAGGACACUG